CGUCACGUGACAUCUUUGUUUUGUAUUGUGUUGUGCAAAUUUUCUUGGAAAGUAUAAUAAUUCGCAAGGCAAUAUCGAACUUUAUUUAUCAUCUUUAAAUUGCAAGACUUGCACUGCCAUCACUUUUUAUUAAAAGUAUGGCUGGUGAAAGCAUAGAAUCGAACUUUGUGUCUAUGAGACAAGCUGUGGAAUUUAUAGACGUCUUGGACCAGUAUUCCUACAACGAGAACUUACAGUGCACCUAUAAAUUCAAUGAUUACACUCCCCAAGAAGGAGAUAGAGUAGCUAUAUUUAAGCUGGGAUGGAAUUUCGUGAAAGACUAUGUAGUAUUCGAAUGGGUACCCACUGGAAGCAAUAAAGACAAGGAACACGUAAUCUUCAAAAAGCACGUCCUUCCAAAGAACAGUGAAAUUUACCAGAUCUGUUACAUCAGCGGGGAAAAUGUUUUGCAAGGGGCAAGUUCUCCGUUCCAAUUUGCGGCAGAAGUAAUUCCUAUGACGCAAAGCAGUAUGUCUAUCGUAUCUGGAGAAGAUGUAUGUGACAGGACAAUAUCGGACAACCAGGAUGAAUUACGUAAGUUAAAAGAAGAAAACGAAAUGUUACGCACGUCCCUAAAAGCCGUGAUUUUCCAAAAAAAUGGACGGGGCGCUAAGAACUACGACUCCGAGAUCAGCGAUUUAAGAAAAAUUACUGACAGUUUAAAAGAGGCCCUGGCCCAGCAGCAAAAAGAGAUAAACAUGCUGAAAGUGAAGAUUACAAAUGGCGGAGAAGAGUACAGGAAAUUGUAUUUGGAGAAGGUUAAGGUUGAAAAGAAGUACGAUAAAUUGAGGAAUAAAAUGGAGGAUACUGGGAAAACGGUUUCGGAAGCGGUUAACUUUGAUAUCGGCGAUUUAAAGUCUAUACCGCCUUUCCCGUUUUCAAAAUAAUUUUAUUUGCUGAUAUGACGCAUAAUACCUAGGAGUAUUUGUAUAUUUUGUAUAUAUUUGUCUAGAUUCCCGACACGCCGCUAUUUCACCAUUGUGAUCUUUAAAACGUAGUAAAAUAGGAAUAUAAUUUAUGAAUUAAUAAAAAUAAAAUGAAUAUUUAA